AUGCCGCCCCUCGCGCGCUCUCCGCCCGGCGCCUUCCUGGCUGCCCUGCUGCUGCUGGCCCUGCCCGGCGCCCUCUGCGCAUGCGAAAACUCCGCCCUGCUCGCCCUGGGCGACGUCAGCGACGGAUUCCGAUCCCUGUUCACCUGCGACACGGCCGUGGGCAGCCUGUCACCGGGGGGCAGCUACCCGCUGCGGUUCGCGGUGCCCGAGGUGGAGGGUCGCAUGCCGGACGUGAUGAUCACGCUCCGCACCGUGGGCGGUGAGGGCGACGCCGAUCUGCUGUGCUCGUCGGUGGAGGAGCUGGCGGGCGCGGCGGAUGCGGUGCCGGGAGUGGGGGAUGCGGCCUGGGCGAGCAGGCACGCGGGCGGGGAGGACUUCGUGUUCAUCUCGAGCGAGUCGGAGAGCUACAGGGUGCUGCAGCUGCCGGAGGUGAACGCGUCUGUGUUCGCGUGCGCAGUAAUUGACAGUGGUCGCAGCCCUACGGAUGAGAGGGGCAUCGACUUCGAGUUGGAGGUGGACGUUGAUUAUUCCCGCCGCAGUUUAAACGAAGAUGAGCGUGACGUCCUGAAUUCCAUAUACGAGCAGUGCUGCCAAGGGGAAGCCUGUCACGAAUGGACGCAGAGGCCGCCGGACAACGCCAGCCUAGCUGCUGGACAGUUCCGCUUCUUGGACUUCUGCCACUGGCAACCCAACGUGUGCGAUAGCAAAGGAUUCCUGCUCCGACUCAGCAUGCGGAAUUUGGGCCUGGAUUGCCGGCUGCCGGCCAGCCAAAUCGCCAAACUGUCCAGACUGCGGAAGCUGGAGCUGGACGGCAACAGGCUGACUGGCGACAUCAACGCCCUGUUGGGCGAGCUCAAGGACUUGGCGCCACGGCUGGAACACCUGGGUCUGCGUGACAACAGACUGGGGGAGGGGUCCUCGGGGCCCACCCCGCUGGGGGACGCCGUCUGCGACUUCGCGACGGCCAGCCUCUCGUUCCUGGAUCUGUCCAACAACUCCGUCGCCGGGCCCAUACCGGACUGCCUGUUCCUUGAGGACAGCGCGCUGGCGGGGCUGCACAUGGCGGACUGCCCGAUCGGAGCCGGUCUCCCGGACGCCUUUUCUGCCCCCAAGCUCCAAGCCCUGACGCUCUCCAACAGCCAGCUGACGGGCCCAUUACCGGCCUCCCUCUCCCAGGCCGCUGCCCUGCGGAUCCUCGACCUUUCCGGCAACGGCCUCACCGGCUCGAUCCCUCCGGACCUCGGGGCACGGCAGCCCCUGGUCCUCCUCGACCUGUCCUCGAAUCGGCUGGAGGGGCCCGUGCCCGACGGACUGGCGGCUUCGCAGACCCUGGCCACCUUGCUGCUGAACGGGAACCGACUGACGGCCCUUCCCGCUGCCUGGACGGUCGAUUCCGAGGCGCUCGAGGUCGUCGACCUGGCGGAAAACAACAUCACGGGCACAUUCCCCACCCCUCUUGCUCGGGCGCCAAACAUCCGCCGAUUCAGCAUCGCCGGGAAUGGAUUCACGGGCACCCUGGCGGCGGUGGGCGGGCUGCUCCCGGCGGCCGCGGACGUCAACCUUUCGCGGAACCACUUCGAGGGUGGCGUGCCGGACGCGUGGGCCACAUUGGGAAUGUUCGCCGCGGCCACUGCCGGCCAGGUCGGCCCGCGGCGGUCUCCCGACGAGCCGCCGCCCGCGCUGGACCUGUCCCACAACGCGCUAAACGGAGGGAUCCCCCUCUGGCUGGUGCAAGCCGCGGAGUCCACGGGCGCCCAGGUGCUCUUGAACGGAAACGAGGUCGGGUGCCCGCCCGGCGAGGAAGGCACCGUGUUCGGCGUGGACUGCUCCGCCGCCGGGGCUGGCGGGCAGUCUCCGGCGUCGGCAGAAUCCGGCGCGUCGGCAAAAUCUGGGGAAUCCGCGGAUCCGGCGAGCUCUGGGGGGUCUGCGGUGUUGGCGGAAUCCGUGACGUCUGCGCCUGGCGGCGGGGGGGCCUCGUCAUCGUCCUCGGCCGCGGCGGGUGCGGUGGCGGGAGUGGUCGCGGGCCUGGUGGCGGUGGCGGCGGCGGCCGCCGGGUACGCCUACUGGAGGGUUCGGCGGCGCCGGUCGCGGGUGCAGCACCUCAAGCAGACGGACAGCCUGGAGGACGCCUUCCCGCCGGACGUGAGGGGGGGCUACUGCCGGUUCGCGGACGCCUACGACUCGUCGGGCACACUGGAACUCGAGCCCCCGGCGCCGGGGAGCAGGUAUCUCGUGCGGGCUUGA